AUGUUGAAAGCAUCGAAGUGGGGCUUCGCCACCAGCCGCCAACAUCCACUGUUAAGGGUUGGGCGAAAAGGAGAAGGGGCAGUCUCCCCUUUUAGACCAUGUCCGCUGAGUCGUAGGCUAAUGGGUUGUCCGCCUUGGGCCUGGUCUGCUGGAGUUGGUGAAUGGACGAAAGCAAUAAGAAGAAGAGGGAAACAGAUAUCAAGAACUGGAGACCGUACUGGGUGGAGACAUGCCGGAGUAACGACGAUGUUCGUGUCCAACUUUCCAUUGGCGGCGAGAAAAGAUAUCCUAAAGAAAAUUUUCGCAAAGUUUGGAGAGGUGGUUGAUGUUUACAUGGCAACGAAGCCCCACUUUGAUGUUCCUUCGAAUGACAACCACACCCAGGAUUGUGUUGAACCGAACGAGGGUCUGGAUAAUGUAACUAUUGGGCACCUGGGUAACUUAGCUGGGUCCGGCUGUUUUGGGCCGUUUCCGAAUAAUUUGGGACCAACUGAAAUUUGGAUGGAUCAAAUGGAGGUUAAUUUCAAAGGUGCUCAAGACAAAAGGAGAUUACUGCAAUCUGACGAGGUUACCCCUCCUAUGUUCUCGAACCCUCAUUUAUCUCAGACUACAAUCGACCUUAAUAGAUCCCCGAGUCAAUGUGGGUUCCCCUGUCGGAGUCAGACGAAGAAUCCUCAUCAUCAUCCUCUAAAAUAA